CUGCGUACUGCGGACGGAGGGCCGAGGCCUGGCGGCGAGCUGGGGUCGUACUAUACAGCCCAUCUUUCCGGCAAAUCGCGCGAGAUUUCGCUCCCCCUGGGCUCCACGAAGGUCAGCGACGCGCGAGCGACUGCUGGGACUGUGGCUCUCGGAGCUGUUUCGUGCCCCCGCGGUGAGGGAGGAGACUGUCAACCAGGGUGACUUCCAGGCGUCUUCCCGGAGCUACUGGGGACGCUGGUGUUAUUGCCCGGGACCCUGAGAUAGGGAAUGCUCGAGAAGCAGAAGCAGGAGUAUUUUAUACAGAAAUCUUGUGAGACCACUGCCCAAUCAGAGCGAUGAUUGUUCAAAGAGUGGUAUUGAAUUCUCGACCUGGAAAAAAUGGUAAUCCUGUGGCAGAGAAUUUCCGAAUGGAAGAAGUCUGUUUACCAGAUAAUAUCAAUGAAGGACAAGUACAAGUUAGAACUCUUUAUCUUUCUGUGGAUCCUUACAUGCGUUGUAGAAUGAAUGAAGACACUGGCACUGAUUAUAUAACACCUUGGCAGCUAUCUCAAGUGGUUGAUGGUGGAGGUAUUGGAAUUAUAGAAGAAAGCAAACACACAAAUUUGACUAAAGGCGAUUUUGUGACUUCUUUCUAUUGGCCCUGGCAGAGCAAGGUUAUUCUGGAUGGAAAUAGCCUUGAAAAGGUAGACCCACAACUUGUGGAUGGACACCUUUCAUAUUUUCUUGGAGCUAUAGGUAUGCCUGGUUUGACCUCCUUGAUUGGAAUACAGGAGAAAGGUCAUAUAACUGCUGGAUCUAAUCAGACAAUGGUUGUCAGUGGGGCUGCAGGUGCCUGUGGAUCCUUGGCUGGGCAGAUUGGCCGUUUAUUAGGUUGUUCCAGAGUGGUGGGAAUUUGUGGAACACGUGAGAAAUGCAUCCUUUUGACCUCAGAACUGGGCUUUGAUGCUGCAAUUAAUUAUAAAAAAGAGAAUGUGGCAGAACAGCUCCGUGAAUCAUGCCCAGCUGGAGUGGAUGUUUAUUUUGACAAUGUCGGCGGUGACAUCAGUGAUACAGUGAUAAGUCAGAUGAAUAAGAACAGCCACGUCAUCCUGUGUGGUCAGAUUUCUCAGUACAACAAAGAUGUGCCUUAUCCUCCCCCGCUAUCCACUGCUAUAGAGGCAAUCCAGAAAGAAAGAAACAUCACAAGGGAAAGAUUUCUGUUGUUAAAUUAUAAAGACAAAUUUGAGCCUGGCAUUCUACAGCUGAGUCAGUGGUUUAAAGAAGGAAAGCUAAAGAUUAAAGAGACGGUAAUAAAUGGAUUGGAAAACAUGGGAGCUGCAUUCCAGUCCAUGAUGACAGGAGGUAACAUUGGAAAGCAGAUAGUUUGCAUUUCAGAGGAAAUCUCUUUGUAAUCACUGCAAAUGUCAUCAAGGCAAUCACAGAUUUCUUUUCCAUUUUGCGUAUUUUCAAAGAUACCUUAAAAAAUCCUUAGGACAUACAUAGCCCUUGAUUUAAAUGUGAUCAUAGGUGUUAUUUUUAGUGGCCACAGGGGAUUCGAUAUACUCAUUAAUGAAUCAUACAUGUUUUUAAAAAUUAAUAACUUUUUAAAAAAUAGAAUGCUUGAGAGGUACUUAGUAAAGAUUUGUUAAACUAGAAACGUUUUACAUGAUCUGAUACAACCAUUAAUGACUCUUACACAAUGUUUUUUAAAAUUCAUGUUUAGUAAUAACUUUUAUUAAAAUAGAUUGCUUUAAAAAAUAGAAUGAGAAUGCUUGAGAAGCACUUAGUAAAGAUUUGUUGAACUAGAAAUGUUUUACAUGAUUCUUAAAUUGAAACUUGGUGUAAGAAUAGAAUUGAGAUGGCCUUUUCUUCACAUUGUAGACAGAAAAGGCUUAACAGUAUGACGUGUACGUAGGGACUGGGAGCAGGACUGGGGGUUUCAGAGCUUGUGGAAGUUUUGGGGAUAGGAGACCAGCAGCUUGGGGCUGAGAGUAGUAUGGGAAGAUAAAUAACUGAGGUUGAUAGAUUUACUCCAGAGGAUGAUCUCUUUGUAUUUUGCCAAAUAAUUUAUAGCCUAAAAACUCAAUAUAUAUUG